GCUGAACGCAUAAAGGCUUCUGGCUAUAUUGAAUGUUCAGCCAAAACGAAAGAAAAUGUUGAAAAAGUAUUUGAAAUGGCGACAAGAAUUUCACUGGAAGAAGAACCCCGUCGACGUGCUCAAACAAUUUAG